AUGUCCUCGCCAUACGCAAAUUACGGGCCAGCCUUCUUCAGCGUAGAGUACCGUGUGAAUGGACUAUGGAAUAACUUGCUAGGCCAAUUCUACAAGACGGGUGCCGCAGACAAAGACUUCAUAAUCUCUCCAGAAGCGUAUCCCAAACCGGAUGACACAAAGGCGUUGAAAGCGGACAUCCUAGUCAGCUUGCUUACUAGCGGGACAAGUGGAUUUUCAAUCUCCACGCCAAAACUCGUAUAUGAGGGCAAAGGAGCAGCAAGCAGGAACAGUUUUGAGGAUAUCAUGGACCAGUUGGAGAAAUGGCUAGCACAGGCUGCACGAGUUAGCCCAUUCAAUUGCUGGGCAAUUGGCACUAUCGGCUCCAAAGUUGUCUUCAUGUUCUGGCAAGAUGACACUAUCCAAUGGCUGGACUGGGUAAAUAACAGACCGGGUCCUGUCUCGUCACCAAAGGCUUACGAUAUUACAAUCGAUGCUGAUUGGGGUGUUGUUUCAGCCAUGCUUGCCUAUUUUGUAGGUCAUCCUUUGUAG